CAUUCAUGAGUCAUGAGUAUUUAUUAAUUAAGCAUUAAGCAUAAUUCAAUUUGUUUUGUUGUUUGUAUUAAAUUCCAUUCAUAUACCUCCCGAUAUAGUGAUUCUAUAAUCACUGUAGUGUUUAUUAUUUAAUAAUUCAUGUUCUGGAUUUUUAUUUGUGUAUUAUACAUUUAUUAAAUUACUGUGUUUUAAAUAUAUCUAUUAUUUUUGUAAAUUUUAGCAAAUUAUUUAAAUUUACUAAAAAUAUAAUACAUUUAAACUACUUUGAACGUUAUAAAAUUAUUUUGGGAAUAAUGGAAGAAACCAACUUACCAUUACCUAGUAAUAGUGCAACAGUAAUAUUACAGCCACAAGCCACUGAUAACCUUGUUGUACAUUUGAAAUUAAAGAAGCCAAAAAAUAAUCAUAAACAAGUUAGUUGGGAUGCACAAACUGUAGAUAAUGAGCACUUAGACAAAAAAAAAAGUAAAUGUUGUUGUAUUUAUGAAAAACCAAAAAAAUAUGGUGAUCCUGAUGAAGACAAAAGUGAUGAAAGUGAUAAUGAUGAAUGUGACAGUUGCAUGGGUAAGAAGAAAACACAUCAAUUGCAUAGGCCAGCUCCAGAAACACAAAAAGAAAUAAACGAAGAUAAUUGUUAAAAAUCUAUACUUAUUGCUGAAGCUAUAUCUAAUUUUACAUAGUUAAACUACCUAUAUUCUUUUUGUUCCAAUAAAAAUAUAUAUUUUUUAAUUGUAUUUAUGUUAAAUUAUAGAAUUGAACUAUUAUCCUUAUACAAUUUAAAACUACAAUAAAUUGUUUUGUAAAAUAAUAUUUACAAAUUUAAUGCUAAAUAAAUAACAUUCUUAGAUUAGGUACCUUAUAAAAUGUUAAGUUCAUAUUAUUUGUCUUUCCCAAAAAAUUUUGUUUUAUUUAUCCAUGCACUGUUGUGUGCCUUAGAAAAAGUUUAUUCAAAUGUAUAAAGAUUAUCAAUUAAAUGAAAUUUAACUUGAAAUGUUACUUAAACAUUUGAUGGUUUUUUUCGCUUACUGUCAUUGAAAGAUUACAAACAUGUUAUAGCAUUUGUACUUUUUAGAAAAUAUAUCUCCAUGCGUGAAAGUAUAUGAUUUCAAUGUUUUCCUAUAUUGAUUAGACCAAUCUUUAAUACAUUAGAUCUCAUAAGAUUAAUAUCAAUAUUUUAUAAAUAUAUAAAAGUACAGCAGAUUUAUUAUUGUUAAAAAGAUAGUAAAUUUAGUAUGCUAACU